AGGAGUAGUUCGAAUAAAAAGAGAAUGAAUAGGGAUGAAAAUUUUCCCCUGAGCAAUAAUGAGAUAAGCGAUAAGAUUCCUCUUGAUACCCUAAUCUUGUGAAAUAGGUCUUCUUCAAUUCACAAAUCCCUCUUCUGCUUUUCAACAUCAAUUUACAACCAAUAUACAAAUGCCGAAUGUAAUCGAUGGAGUUGUUUCCUGGUUCCAGGAAAAGGUCGUCCAGCCGCUCGUCCUCAUCCUCAACAAGGGUGCGGAGCCCAAGCAAUUGGCGUUCUCUACUGCUCUUGGCUUUGCUUUGGGAGUAUUUCCUAUAUGCGGUGUUACCUUCUUUUUAUGUGCAAUGGCUAUAGCAUUGCUUGGAUCUCUCUGCCAUGCUCCAACUGUGAUGUUAGCUAACUUCAUUGCUACUCCAAUAGAAUUGAGUCUUAUGAUUCCAUUCUUACGCCUUGGUGAAGCUGUUACUGGUGGACCUCAUUUUCCCUUAAGUACUGAUGCUCUGAAAAAGGUCUUGACUGGUGAAGCAUCACGUGAUGUCCUGCAAAGCAUUUUCAACGCGUUGUUGGGCUGGUUCGUAGCAGCGCCAAUCAUGAUGGUUGUACUGUACAUAAUUCUUCUUCCUAUCUUUAAGAUUCUUGUUCGUAAGUUCAAUCCUGCACCAUAAUGAAAUGCCAAAGAAGCAGAUCAUUUGAUCUCAUUCCGAUGUGAAGCUCUCAUGAUAAGGUAUGUUUGAACAAUGGUGACUAACAGUUUCGAUCUUUGUAUAAGGACACUCUUCUAUAUGAUGUGUAGUUAAUUCCUUUGUAAAUCAGAAAUUGGAUCCUGGUUUGUUGUCAGGGGACCUGCUAUUUUUUUUUCUUUUAAAACAAGUCGAGUUAGAGUUGAAUAAGUGACAUUCCGCUUAAUAAAUAGAUAAAUAUGUUUGUUUAUAUUA